AUGGCGUCAGCCCAAAUACUGACUCGUAUAUCUCCGUCGGUGUUGAAACAUCUUCCGCGACAAUUAAAUAAAGUGAAUCAAGUACGGUGGUAUACAUACGACAAAGACAUAUACGGCUUUAGAUCUCCAAAGAAAGUCGAUCUACCUGAUUAUACUGACAUUGAACUGCAAAAUCGAAAUGCACAAUCCUCGUUGGUCAGAUUAGUUGAAGCUUUUCAUAAGCAUGGCCAUCUUAAUGCGGAUCUUGACCCGUUGGGCUUGCAAUCUGAACGAAAAAUCCUUGCCUUGGAUCCAAAAAGUUAUGGACUCGCUGGGUCUACUCAGACCUUCCAACUUGCUGGCAUCCUGCACAUCUCAAGUGCAAAUGAUCCCUCUAUUCCAAAAGAAACGGCCACAAUCGACGAGAUUAUCGGACAUUUGAGAAAGUCAUAUACUUCAAGAAUUGGCUUCGAGUUUGAACAUACGAACGACAGUGAGACACGUUGGAUGGCACAGUAUAUUGAAUCAUUCGAGAAGACUCGCUUCAAACCAGAAGAAAAGAUGAGAUUCUUUUCACUCCUCACAAAGUCAGAAGUGUUUGACCACUUCAUGGCAAAGAGGUUUCCUCAGGUGAAAAGAUAUGGGUUGGAGGGCGCCGAAUCCAUGAUGAUUGCUCUAGACUCUCUCUUCAAGCAUGCGAAUCUGUCGGGCGUCCGAGACAUAGUUCUAUGUAUGCCACAUCGAGGGCGAUUGAACUUUUUGACCGACAUUUUAAUGUACUCUCCAACCGCUCUAUUCCACAAAAUCAAAGGAAACCGGGAAUUUCCUGAUGAUGUCCCUGGAUCAGGCGACGUAUUGUCUCAUCUCAGUACCGCUGUGGACUUGCCAUAUGGCUCUAGUCAUCCUCUACAUGUUUCAAUGAUCCCAAACCCGUCACACCUGGAAGCCUGUAAUCCGGUAGCCGUUGGCAAAGCUAGAGCUAGGCAAAUGCACUUAUUUGAAGAAGGAGAUGCAGCAGGAGAGGAUUGCUCUAUAGGAGAUCGUGUAAUGGCUGUUCAGCUGCAUGGUGACGCUGCAUUCUGUGGACAGGGAAUAAAUCAAGAAACUUUAGGCUUGUCAAAUCUGCCCCAUUUUUCAGCUGGUGGGACGGUCCACCUGAUCGUUAACAAUCAGGUUGGCUUUACAACUCCAGCAAUGAAUGCUAGAUCGACCAUAUAUACGUCAGAUGUCGCCAAAUCGAUAAAUUCACCCGUCAUACACGUCAACGCCGAUCACCCUGAAGAUGUUGCUAGAGCUGUAGCGAUGGCUGUUGACUACCGAAACAAGUUUAAGAAGGAUGUUAUUUUGGACUUGAUAGCUUACAGGAGAAUGGGACAUAAUGAACUCGAUGAACCGUCUUUCACUCAACCUACAAUGUACAAGAACAUUAGAGCUCGCAAGUCUGUACCGAAGAUGUAUCAAGAGAAGCUCUUGACCGAAAAGGUCCUUGCUGAUCAAAAACAAGUUGACGAGUUUAGAGACAAUCAUUUUGCUACACUUGAUGACCACUUGCAAAAAUCAUACACGUAUACGCCGGUUGCUGAUACGCUGAAGCAUAAAUGGGCAAAGAUGACCAUUCCUCGAGAGUCAGUUUCUAGCAUAGAUACUGGUGUUGCAAUUGAACAACUCAAGCGUGUCGGUCAAGCCUCGACUACACUACCAACCAACAUGGUGGUUCAUCCAAGGUUACUCAAACACCACAUUGAAGCAAGACAGCAAAAGAUUGAAUCAGGAGUUGGACUCGAUUGGGCUAGUGCUGAAGCUCUGGCGUGGGGGAGCUUGAUGCUUGAAGGUUAUAAUGUUCGUAUUUCUGGUCAAGAUGUCGGUAGAGGCACCUUCUCCCAACGACAUGCAAUGCUGGUUGACCAAGACACCGAGAGGACAGUCAUACCUCUCAACCAUAUGCGUUCUGGUGCAAAGAAGCAAGGCAAAUUGGAAAUUGCUAAUUCUAGUCUAUCGGAACUUGCUGUGCUUGGCUUUGAAUAUGGGAUAAGUUGGGAAACACCUAAUCGAUUAUGUAUCUGGGAGGCUCAGUUUGGUGAUUUCUUCAAUGGUGCUCAAGUCAUGAUUGAUACCUAUGUCGCUUCAAGCGAGACCAAAUGGCUGAGACAAUCUGGUAUCGUCAUAUCCUUGCCACAUGGUUAUGAUGGAGCAGGACCAGAGCACAGUAGCUGUAGAGUGGAGAGGUGGUUGCAACUUUGUGAUCAACCAAUUGACAUUACGUCGCCAGCGAAUGUCAAUAUGCAUGUUGCCAAUCCGACACUACCGUCGCAGUACUUCCAUUUACUUCGUCGUCAGAUGUUACGACCAUAUCGAAGGCCACUGAUAGUUGUUGGCCCAAAAGUGUUGUUGAAACAUGCAGUUGCUGUUUCCAGUCUCUCUGAUAUGGCACCUGGAACUUCAUUCUUGCCAGUUUUGGCUGAUCCUGGUGUCAGCAACCCUGAGAAGGUUGAAAAGGUUGCAUUCGUUUCAGGAAAGCUGUAUUAUGAGCUUGCCAAGGAACGAGAAGCCAAAAAGAUGAAUGAUCGAGUCGCAGUGAUUCGAUUAGAAGAGCUGUGCCCAUUCCCAGCUGAGCAUUUGAAGGCAGAGAUUGCCAAAUUCUCGAAUGCUAAAUCAUUUUACUGGAUUCAGGAAGAGCCUGAAAACAAUGGUGCAUGUUCAUUUGUAGAGCCUCGAUUACGGCAAUUGCUUGGAUCUAAUGAGCUCCACUACGUUGGACGAGAUGCUGCUGCUGCACCAGCUACUGGAGUCUCCUCCAACCACAAAAAGGAACAAGAAAAGAUUUAA